CACUGGGACAACUUUGGAUGCGGAUGUGAAAUCCCUUUACGGGGUGGGAAAGAAGAAGGGAUUUGGAAGAAAUCCAGCCGGGGGUCCAGACUCCCAGGUCACCACCAUGCUGGGCAACUCAACCAAGCCUUUCCCAAGGCUUGGUUGGGGAUGUGUGUUGAAAGCUGGCAUUGCUUUUCCUUUCAUGACAGACUGGCAGGUGCCCAGAUGGCACCAGACGAUGGCACCGAGUGGCUCCGGCAGCUAUUAACCGAAAUCCAGUUGGAGCAGUUCUACAGCAAGAUCCGGGACGAGCUUCACGUCACUCGACCGGGACAUUUCGACUACGUCAAGCCCGCCGACCUGGAACGCAUUGGCAUGGGGCGCCCAGGACAGAGACGGCUAGAAGAGGCCUUGAAACGCCGGAGACCGCAAGGCCAACGCCCCAUGUCCUGGGUCUAUAAGAUGUUCACCGGGGGACGGAGCCCAGAAAACGAAGAGGCCCCCAAUCCGCAGCCUUCCUCGGUCCCGCGUGCGGACUCUGAUGCCUCCUUGAAAUGCCUGAUCAGCGAGUGGGACCUUCGGCUGCGGGAACGCCUGGGGGAUGGAUGCUUUGGAGUCGUCCACCGGGCUGAAUGGACCACGCCGGGCGGUGGGAUUAUUCCCGUGGCUGUGAAAACACUCCGCUCCGACGUCUCUUCCGAUCCGGGGGCCCUGAUCGAUUUCCUCAACGAAGUCAACGCCAUGUGCUGCCUCCAUCACCCCAACCUCAUCCGCCUCCAUGGAGUGGUGCUUACCCAGCCCCUCAAAAUGGUGACUGAGCUGGCUCCCUUAGGCUCCCUCUAUGACCGCUUGCAGCCACCGUUCCCUCUCCACCGGCUCUGGAGCUAUGCGCUACAGAUUGCCAAGGGCAUGGCCUACCUGGAAGCCAAGCUCUUUGUCCACCGCGACCUGGCCGCCCGAAACAUCCUCCUGGCCUCCGAGGAGCAUGCCAAGAUUGGAGACUUUGGCCUGAUGCGGCCUCUGUCCAGCAAGAGUGACCGCUACAUCAUGUCCGCCCACCGACGCAUCCCAUUUGCAUGGUGUGCCCCAGAGAGCCUGCGCAUGGGGGUCUUCACCAGUGCUUCCGAUGUCUGGAUGUUUGGCGUCACCCUCUGGGAGAUGUUCUCCUACUGUGAAGAACCAUGGAUGGGAUAUUCAGGGCGACAGAUUAUGCUGAAGAUCGACAGAGAAGGGGGACGCCUGGACCGUCCGGACGAUUGCCCCAAGGGCAUCUAUGCCCUGGCCUUGAAGUGUUGGGCCCACAAUCCGGAGGAGAGGCCUCGAUUCCGGGAGAUUGUCAACCUCCUGCAAGAGCUCCGUCCAAAGGAAGUGAAGGCCUCCCAGGAGCUGAUGGAGCCAGGAUGGCUGCGGCUGGAGGCAAACGACGCCAUCACGGUUAUCGAGGGCAGUCCUGAUUCAUCCACAUGGCGAGGGCAGAACAAGCGGACCCUGAAAGUGGGCAUCUUCCCAUCAUCCACAGUGGCAGCCGAGGAAACAGCGGCAUCCGCUGGUGCCCCCCGGAUCAGCCUCCCCAUCCGGAGCUCCUUCGUUCACUUGGGCCACGGUGACACUGACCCCGAACGCGGAUGGGGCGCUCCAGACCGACUGGAGGAGAAGAAGGCCAAACCGCGGUCAGGGAACGCCAGCCCCCAGAACCAAACCAAAGGCCAGCAGCUGUUACGGUUGGCGCGCCUCUCCAAAAGUCUCGAAUCCAUUUCGGAUUUCAGCAUCCUGCGCACCAAACCCAAAUUCCCGCCCUUCAAGGUAGACCGACCAUGCGUCCCAGCCCAGCGGCGUUUCAGUGAACAGCCAGGUGCUUUUCCUCCAGCUCAGCCGCCUCCACAAUCAGACCAUCGGCCUCCCAGGCUGCCUCCCCGCGUCCCGAAUCCAGCCCUCCCUGCCUGGGCUCUCCCCAAAUCUGACUGUUCUCCAGGAGGUGCCAGGGAGAAAGAACCAGGGAGGUCUCAAAGGCCAGCAGUCAAAGGGGCAUUGGCAUUACCUUUGGCACCCUCCAGCGGGCAAAGACCGACCCUGAGCGACAUCGAGAAGAAGGUCAAGGAGGUGGAAGAGAGAGUCCAUGGGGCGACAACAGAGGAAUGCCGUGAAGCCUUGAGGCUGCAUGGUUGGGAUGUCCAGAAAGCUUCCCAAAUGCUAAAGGUGGACCAGCUCUUCCACCUCAGCCCCUACUCGCGGGAAGAGUGCCGACGGAUCCUGGAGAAGCACCGCUGGAACCUGGCCAUGGCUUCCCGCUAUGUCCUCAGCCGCGGCCUCCGAGCGUGAUUGACGGGAAAUGCGAGAGCGAACGAAGUGCUAACCAUCCAGGACUUUCAUCGUACUCCAGAUGCCUGUCAAGACAAAAGGAGGGAGUCCCAUUUCCCUCUUGCUCUGUGUCUAUGGGGCCCAAGACAUUGGAAUAACAUUGUGAGGGGGGAUUGUAUAUGCGUGUCUCUGCAAUACUGCAACACCCUUCAGCCAACAGUUCUCUGCUCUUUCUCUGGCGAUCCAGGAUUCCCAGAGCCUUGCUUUGGCCCAACAUUCAAUUCAGUCUAUCCAUUGGUCAGACUGCAUUUGCCACAAUCUGGCUGUGGGUGGGAGAAAGGAGCGAAGAUUAUUUGGGUGGGACAUUCUCCCAAGAUCCCUGGGAGUCUCCCAAGAUUUCAGGGAGUGUGUGAAUGCAGUCCCCACCUCCAGGCUUGCUAAUACACUUAUGCCUCUCCCUGUCUGCAUCUCUUGCUAGUUCCUCCAACUCUUCUUGCAGAAAAUGGGUGAUUGAGGGAUUCCUUGGGAUUUCUCUAAGUUUAGUGCACCUUCUUGAAGGUUCAAGUCCUCUUGGAGGGGGGCAAGUACAACUGCAAUCCUGUUACCUGGCAUAGGGAUUUUGGCAGUGCAUGGUCAAAUGAUGGGCCAAACAGGAGAAAGGCAACCAAAGCCUCCUCUCUUCAGGAAAGGUGCCUUGAUGCCUCCUACACUACUGUGGCUUUGAAACUGUGCACCAAAACAAGGCCAUAUCGGGCCGUUCUUGUUGUACUCCAACUUUUAGCAACUCUGUCCUAGGGUUUUCUUGGGCAGAUUUCUUCAGAGGUUUGCCGUGGCUUUCCUCCAAGGCUGAGAGAGUGUGAUGUGCUCAAGCUGGUUUUCUAUGGCUGAGUAGGGAUUCGAACCCAACACUCAGACAUGACAUAGACGUGCACAUUCCAUCCUCUGAGUCAGGACUACAUCUUUGAAGCCAUACAUUACGUGACUGUACAUUUCUUCAUUGUUGGGUGCCUUCACAUCCUAACCAACUUAUGGGGACUCUAAGGUGAAACUAUCAGGGUUUUCUGGGGCUGAGAGAGUGUGACUCACCUAAGUCAACCAGUGGGCUUCCAUGGCCAAGUGGGAAAUCGAACCCUGGUCCCCAGAGUCAUAGUCCAGUGCUCAAAUCACUAAACCACGCUGGCUGUUGUACAUUUCGUUCCAUAACCCCAAAUCCAAGAUAUUAAAAAAGGAUGUUUCCCAAGAAGUCAUGUUCAACCGCUACCUCUGCACCCGAAAGCCUUAGAUUGCACUUCUAGUUUUCCAUGGGAAAAGGGAUGUUUUUCUGUGGGAGCAGCCUCUCCUCUGAAAACUUUGCAGUCCAGAAUGA